AUGGCCUGGACUCCUCUCCUCGUGCUCCUCUCUUACUGCACAGGUUCCCUCUCCCAGCCUGUGCUGACCCAACCGCCCUCCCUCUCUGCCUCUCCUGGAGCAUCUGCCAGCCUCCCUGCCACCCUGACCAGUGGCUUCAGUGUGGGUAGCUACUACAUAUACUGGUACCAGCAGAAGCCAGGGAGCCCACCCAGCUAUCUGCUGAGGUACAAGUCAGACUCAGACAAACACCAGGGCUCCGGGGUCCCCAGUCGCUUCUCUGGAUCCAAGGACACCUCGGCCAAUGCAGGAGUUCUGCACAUCUCCGGGCUGCAGCCUGAGGACGAGGCCGACUACCACUGUCAAAUUUAUGAUGGCGGCAGUGAUGCGCAUACAGUGCCCCAGACACAUGAGGAAGACAUCUACCUGUGA